GUUAUGGCUCAACCAAUUCGUAACUGAUCUAUAUCAUUUGGCUUGUUUAUUCAGGAUUGUGAGGUAUCCUGUCCAUUUCAGCCAAUGAAAGAUGCAGAACGCUGUUCUAAUAUAAUCGACAGAAUUUUCGUCAGUAAGGCUUCGACUGUUAGAGCACGAGGAGUCCAUAAUUCGUCCUUUCAAGCAUACCACUACUGAUCUGAUGAGAUCCGAUGGCACAUGAUCGACACACUUUUAAGGUAUUUCUUGCCUUGGUCUUCUUGGGUGCAGGUAAGAAUUAAAUAACAGAAAAACUGGAGUUGUCAGUCGGAGACUUAAGUGCUAAGUUUUAGUUAAUUAAUUAGUUCAAACUUGUGCUCCUCUUUCAAGCAAUCAGCUGUCCACUAGCCAGGGGCACCCACUGACCAACGUUUUCUCUAUGCGUUUGAAGCCUGUUUAUUAUAGUUAAUUCAGAGUUGCCCUAAAAACACCUCUAUUCAGGGAACACCCUCGAGGCCAAGACAAGUGUCCCCUGAAUGGAGGUUGGGCUGGGGGUUGUUAAUAAUUAACCAAUAAAUUAAAUAUUUUUAUGAGAGGCGAAAAAGGUGUCCACUCUCGCAGGAUGAGAAUGUGCUGCAGUCAUGACAUUAUUUCAAGCAGCUGGAUAAUGUAUAAAAAACAAUGAUGAACUUAUCUUUGUGAUGUUGUGUGUUGAAUUACAAUAAAUGUAUGUGAGUUAAUUCAUGUUUUGAAAAUUCUCGCCAAAGUGACUAGCAAACACUUAAGGUGUUCACUGAACGGAGGUUCAACCCAGGUUUCAGGACCCAGAAAAACUGUCUCUUUCCCCUGAACAGAGGUGUCCCUUCAACAGAGGAAACAAAUACAAAGAUUUAUAUAAGAACAUUUUUUCGUUGACCAAAUUAUGGAGGGGUCCCUUGAAUAGAAGCGUCCUAAAGGAGAGGUUCCACUGUAUUUGUAUGGUUUUUGAUUGGUACAUACACCACUGUCCAAGCCCACUCACAAUUAAGAAGAUCCAAAUAAAUUAUCUCUUUUUUCAAACACAAAGUCUGAAAAUUAAAUAUAAAUGGGCAAAAUUGCUAGUUAUUAAAAGACUUUUUGAUGGUGUUAUUCUUUCUAGGGACUAAUAGACAAAAUAAUUAACUUCCCUCAUGAUCGUACUACACCAUUGUUGCUAUAUUAUGACACUAAUGAUCCCGGAGAACAAAAGGACUCACAGGGGACAUAGAUGCUCACUGAAAAAUUGGAAUUAAACCCCUAAAGGAGACAGGCCCGUAACCAGGAUUUUAGGUGGGGGGUUGCUGACGAGGCCAAAGUGGACCAAACUACCGAAAUGUAUUUUUUAUUUUCUGAUCCGUUUAUAAACAAUGCAGAAUUGUUAAGAAAACAACUGUCGGCUUUUCAUAGAAUAUUGUCAUGACAUCAGGAAAUGACGAUAAGAGACCAAGAGAAACAUAAAAUGUAUUUUCCCUCUUUGUGUCUCGAAAACGUCUAUUUUGAUGGUUUGGGAUGCCUGUGGAUUGCUGCUUUAGAUUAAACCUCCCAGUCCCUCUCCAAAUUGUUACUCUGUGUUCCCUCACUGGCUUUUUAUUAAGCGAGUUUGUUUCAUAUCGAGGAAUAGCGACUAAUUUUCAGAGCAUGAAUGGGAUCAAGACUGGUGGACAUUGAGAAAAUAAGUAUGAUUUACCUUCCAUAUCUCGCUGUAAAGCUGUAGUUAACUGAGAUAGAUCUGAAGUCGUGGUGUCAGCUGGGCUGUCAUCGUAGACUGCACUGUCAUUGUCAGCGUCUGAUGGCUCUUGACGGGGUACUUUACUGACCCAUGUGUCGACAGACUGGCAAGAUUUAGCUGCGGCCUUCCUCUUUCUAUUUUCCUGUUCUCUCCUACCCAUAAUGUAUUACACAAAAAAAUAAUUUUGCAUCUUCGGGCGUUCAUGCGCUCGUACAAGAGAGAAUACUACCCGACACGUUAGCCGACGUGUCUGACAAAAAUCGUGAGAUCGCUCCCUUGUCAUUGGCUUGCUCAUCGUAAACUCCCAUGCAAAGCGUGCGCACAUUAAUUUCAUUCAUUUAGAUAAGCUCAGACAUCUGUUCGCUCAUUAAAAUGUUCUGAAUGGCUCGGGCUACUAGAGUGCAGCUGGUUUUAUUUUCCCAGUGAAUAUACUACUGCUUUUUCCAUUCUUUGAUUUUGUUUAAAUAUCACCUUUAAGUUUGAAACUUCAGUUUAACCAACUGCACUCCUUAACUUAGAUAUUGAUCGGACCUUUGGGGCCUGUGGGGUGGGGGUGCGAAUGCACCCUGUGCACCCCCCUGGUUAUGGGCCUGUUGGAGACUAACCUUGAAGUAGCUUUCUUAUCAAGAUUUAUUUGACAAUACACCUUGAAGCUGUCCAUAAAAAAUUAUAGAAAUAACCGUGGCCAUAAUAAGCUAAGUAUUGUUUUACAAUUAUUGCAAUAAAGAUGUUUUUCAUCAUCAUUUCUUCUAUUCCUUCAUGCUCAGCCUGACAUACUUGCCUUAGCCUGCGAGCAAGCUCUCCUGGACGCUCUGGCGGCGGGGUGGGAAAAGGAAGGAGAGCUUGCAACUAGGUCUCUGGAAUUUGAAUUACACGUUUAAUUUUCCUGUGGCUCCCUGUCAACUGAGCUGUCAGAUUUUCGCCAAUCAGCAUGAAGCAGAAACAAAUGGGAAUGUAAACAAACAUUGAAAAACACACGCCAAAGGUAAUGACAUCAUAAUACUAAUGUCAUCUUCGCCAAUCAGCAUUUCGCAUCAACUUUUUCGAUGCAGAUGUAUAUUCAAAUUCCAGUGACAUAGUUGCAAGCUGUCCUUCUUUUUCCUGCCCCGCUACCAGAGCGCCCCGGAGAGCCUGCUCACAGACUAUACUUGCCUCUCCAUCCUGAACUCCCGAAGUGAUAUUUACACCCCUAAUUGAGACAAUCCUCCGAGCUUCGACCCUGCCCUGCUUAUAAUUAAACAAUCAGUCCUCACCUCAGGAAAAUGAGAACUUAUAAUAAUCCUUCAGUUCUUUAAAUGCUUUUUAAUUUUGACUUAAGUUACUUGACUUAAGAGAUUUUUAGCCUACAAUUAAUACUCUUGGGUUAUUUGUUUUUGAGGUACUUAGGUACUUUUUCUGGAGGUUAAUUACUGUACAUAAAUUUAAUGAUUACAAACUCUGAACUUGACCUUGAAUACACUAGCUGACUUGCUGAUCAUGCGAACACAGUCAAAUAAUUACUAAUUCUACUCAUUUGCAGGAGUGAUUCAGGUUGUACCAGCUGUCAGAAUAAUCAGUCCAACAGAAAAUCUGAUCAUCAGAUUCAGAAACCAGACAGUCUUGUUUAACUGUACAUUAACUGGGCCACCCACUCCUAGUGGUGCAAGGUUUCUAUGGCUCAGAAACAACCAUGUAAUUCCCAAUAGAACUCAAAAGGAUAAUUCUAGCUGGUCAAGUUUUGAACUGAAAAAUUUCAGUCCACAAGAUGAAGGAGAGUAUAUGUGCAUCAAUGGUGGGACAAGUUCAGUGAACGUGUACCUUGCUUGUAUGUAUAUUAAGUUGAAUUGUGUGGUUGAUGUUUAAUUUAAUGCAGUGAGGGGUGGGGCUGGGGAUACUGUUGUGGUAUAAGAUAAUUUUUAUUAAAAUUUCCAAGCAUUUAAUCCCCCUGCAAGAGUUGUAGUUAACCAUUUAAGGUUAAGACAGACUUGCCCACUAAGGUUUUCCCUGAUCGAGAACAGCGUCUAACCAGAGUGGACACAAAUUAUUGUGACAGCAGUGGUGGAUCCAGGCUGGGUUCUUCCUAAUUUUUAGACCGAACUGAGGCCUGAAGGGCCUGAAAAAUUUUUUUUGAGACUGGCCCCACCCUCUUAUCUCAGGGUCGAGAUGACCACAUCCCCCCCCAUCUGAAGGUCAGGAUCUGCCACUGGACAGUGCUUGCAUUUCGCAUCCAGUUCAUUUUGCAACCACAUAAUAGGCCAUGUAGGGACUGGCCUAUCAGUGGCUGGUCAGUGGCUGGGACUGUCUGGCAGCUGUAUGUCUGAUGAAAAGCAUGGAGGUACAGAGGGAAGGCAAUUUGUUAUUUUUAAGUUAAUUAUAAUGAUGAUUGCAGAGCAUAGGAGGAAGGAAUGCCUCCGGCAUUUUUAAAGCUGGUAAGGAUGGAGAAGGUAAUUGAGUUUAAAAAGAUCGAGCCAACUCACCUUUAGGUAAAAUGAGCCUGGUAGUUAAUAAUGCAAGUGCAGCUAGGUGUAAAUUAUCUGACUGUGUUACUUGAAUCGAUACUUGAACUCUAACUGAUGGCUACAGCACUUUCAGUCAUUGUCGACCUGCAUCCACACUUGCAAAUUAAACCCAGCAACCAGUAAAUCUUCUACUUUGUCCAGUGACGCAAAUAUCAGCUUUUGUUGUAUUUUAACUUUUACUGAAGCAGAGUACCUAACAUAUGUGCAUUAAGUUCAACAGUAUCCAAGAUAAAAAUGAAUUAGGACAGCUAACCAAAACCAAAAGCACCCUCCACAAAUAAAUCAAUGUUAAUGUUUAAUUUUCAAUGAGAAAAAGUGUGUUUACCACAGACUGGAUUUAGUGUUUUUCUAGUCUAGAAGCCACCAACUGCAAGGUCUUUAGAAAACCUGAAGUAGCAGAUUUUUUUGUUCUUUGUUUAAUCCCUUGUGUCAAAACACCUUUACACUUACUUGCAAAGAAGCAAAAUAAACAAAUGAGACCUAGCGGAAUUAAGAGCAAAUACAAAUUCUAGCCUUCAUCCAGUUACAUGUUCAUUAUUAUAAGUUCCAGAUCGAUGCAGAUGCGCUCCAUCAUUAGGAUUAAAUGGCAUUUAGAGAGUGCAUAUAUAUGUUUGCUCAGAAAUCUCUUCAAAGCGUGGCAACAAUAAAGAAAAACGAAAAAGGAAAUAAUGAUGAACUACAGCUUGAAAGAUAAUCCAAAUGCAUUAGUCAAAGAAGAAUUCCAGCAGAAACCUCCUCAGUUACAUUGUUGGUCAUUUUUCAUAAUAUAUUCAGUGCUUAUUAAGCCAUAUGGCGUACGUAUAUGCCAUUUUCUUUCGUAACCUGUUUGUUAAGAUUACUAAGUAAAAUAGUUUUAAUUAGUAGCUGGGUUAAUAAUAAACUGCUUAUCACAACUUAUUGUUUGUUGAUUAUUUUAACAGCCGUACCAAAGGUGAAGCAAACUGGUGGACACGUAUAUCUCCCUUAUACUGCAGGCAGAGAUGUAACAAUUGAGUGUGAAGCUCGGGGGUGGCCAAGACCAAAGAUCACAUGGUUGAGGGACAACAAAAGUAUAGCAGACACAAACCAUAACUCUCAAUACUCGGUAAAAACGAUACCAAAAAAGGAUGUCAGGGUAAUUACCUCACAAUUAAUAAUACUUGGUAUCCAGAAAGAGGAUAGCGGAAUCUACACAUGUAAAGCAACAAAUGCACUCAAAGUUGUUACAAAGAAUAUAACGGUCUCAGUUGAAGGUAGGUAGUCUCUCCUAACUAUACUCUAUCCCUUUGCACACCUUCCCCAAGUUCUUUGCCAAUACUUUUCCAAAGCAGGCUCUUUCCAUGCCUCUGUUUUUAUCCUUCUUUAAUUUCUAUGUUAUACACUCCAUGAAACCGUUAUAAGAGAUUAAUUUGAGGAACAUGUUUUCCUCAGCUUUUUUGUUUUUCGUUACUGGUUUUUAUUUUCGUUCGUUUUCUCGUUUCCCCUUUAAUUCAAUCCGAAUACAGUUCGGUCAUGAAUUUUUGUGUCUGCCCUACGUUUAAUGGAUUACAUCAUGUGGCAUGACAAUUCUAGCCUGCGAACAGGCUCCCAAGUAGAGCUAGGCGCAAAAACUGAAAAAUCGGCGAACGAGCUCGCCGAUUUUGUUACUUGGGAGCUUGUCCGCAGGCUAUGGCAAUUCAAAUGAAAGAUCUUCAGCAGUGUUAUUUAUUUAUUUAUUUUUUUUUUGCGUGGUACUCCUGACCCAUUUACUCAAUAAGGAGCCACACAAAACAGAAAAUCACUUAAACUAGCGCUGCCCUUAAAGAAGUACCUUGGGGCACUGAAUGAUAUUAAACGCCAGGGUAAUAUAGGGCAGAUACAAAUCGAUACGAACCCUCUUCCAAAUGAAUUAAAAUAAAAUCAAUUUAUUAUGACGUUUUGAAGCUUAAUUAAAAACAAGUAAGUAAAAAUGUUAUUUUGGUGAGCACUGCUGUAGUUUGUUUGAAGUGCUAUUUCUAUUCCGGUUAUAAUCCCCCUCGGAUAUAAGCCCUCCUAACUGCCCUUGUAUAAACCUAGGGCUUAUAAGCGGCGGUUUACGCUACGUUUGUCGUGCAUUUUUUGGUGCUGAGUGCUGCAGUUUAGAGAUGAAAGACCUUAAGUAUCUGUGUCUUUCCCCUGCACUGAUUCCCGCUUCUAGUCGAGAGUAGACCUUAGUUUCCUUUUUACGUUUUACAUUCCGGAGUUUUAUUCAAUGUUUAGAACCAGAGCACUUUAAAAUCACACUGACUGCAGAGGAGCCACAAUAUACUGAGGAAGUUGGCAAAGAUGCAUCUCUGUCCUGUCUUGGUGAACCAGUCAAGAAUGACUCCCUUACUUGGGUUUACUGGGAGUUAAAUGGAACAAGGCUGAAAACUUCAACUCACCACUACGAUGAUUCCAGAGAAUAUUCCAACUCAAAUAAUGGAGCAACACCUAAAGUUCACAUGAAACUUACAAUCUUCAACGUUGAUUAUUCGGAUGAAGGAAACUACACCUGUGUUGUUUAUUUGUUUUCGGAACGUGUUAGUGAUAGCAUUUCACUUCAGAUCAAAGAACUGCAGAAAGGUAUAAAAUAGAUAUGUACAGCGGCUUAGCUUAGGCCAUUUCUCUCUUAUAAGGGGAACUUUUAUCAUAGACAUGGGAAAAUCCGGAGAUUGUGGUUGGAAAAGCAAAUGAUUUGCGCCAUUCCGUUUGGGGAGCUUCAAAAACCGUGACUGUGAUUUGAGGGGAUGCAAUAUUUCUACUCUUUUUUGUCUGUUCAGCUGAUUUCGAUAUACAUUGUAGCGGGUCGUUCUUCUGCCACGUCAGAUUCAGAUUUCCACUUGGGUGGUUAUGGUAAGCACACCAGGACUGGGUUUAAAGGCCUCAGGGCAAGUGUGUAUCAGACUUUUAGGCUAUUUAUUGAUUCAUUUCCGCGCCAAAAAAAGCUAAAAGACCAAUCAGAGAAGAGUACUGGGAUUUCCAACCAAUAAACAGUUCAGGCGAAGGCGAAAUGACAAGCUUAGGCACUUGAACCCAUUCAUCGGGUAGUCAUUCAACUUUAUCUUCGAGUUCGCCUUCAGGUUCUAGCUAAAAAAAAAGGAUUUCCUAAGUGAUGAAUGCACCAAGCGUUUGUUUUCCGGCAGAAGAAAUCUAGAAAUAGACUGAGUUGCAGUAAAUGAAGGCUCCAAGGUGAUUGGCUUCUUUCAUGUAUUAUGAUUGUAUACUACUCUAGCCAAUUAAUUUUUCUAUCUUAACUGACGUGGUGAGAGUAAAACUCAAAGGUUGAUAGUCAUUUUCGACCUGCGUGGAUUGGUACUUCUCCACUUGGUACUUCUCCAUUUGCUGAAGUACUGUCCUACCGAAGCUCCUAAAAUCGUUUCCCUUAAUUAUAAAACUGGUCGCGAUCUCCUUUUCCCAUGUCCCAUAGAAUUAAUUUUAAUUGUUUUUACCUUUAUUUGAGAGGUACUGGAAUGCUUAACACAUUUUUUCAUAGCCUAUUGCUAUGAUGGUCAAUGCUUUCUUUUCUUUUGGCAUGGAGGAAAGGUGUAUUACCCUUAAAGGUUUAAUCAGUGCGUCUUGAUGAUUCUCGUUGUUCGCCGUCUUUUUUUUUUCGUUAUUUUCUUCAUGAUCAGUUUAGGUUUCUUAACCCUUUGCUCAACGGCCAACCUGCAUAAAGUGGUCAUUUGGUCAUUCCCGAAGGUAAUAGGUGUGACUGAUAAAUUUCACCGUGUGUCUACCCCUGAAAUUAAUGUGCGCAAUAUUGCAGGGCCCAGUUGUUCGAAAGGAUAAAUCUUUAUUCAAUGGAUAGCGCGAUUGGUUUCCCUAAUAGUUAUUUAUAGAAGUGUGAUUUACCGGUGGAUGGCGGAAUUUCGAAUUUGUUUCCGAACUUUCUUGGAUUUACACGGUACAACUUUACCGCGAGCGAUCUGCUUGUAGUUAAUUGCGAUAAGCAUACGUCAUCCAUUGGCUAGUUUCACGGGCGGCUUAGAGUCAUGUCGAGGGUUUCUUGCAAGCUCAUUAACAUUGCAUGCGACAAAAUUAUGCCGUACAUCAAAUAGGCCUUUAUAGUAUUGCAUUUCAUUCACAGGAAACGGUGGAGGAAUGGAAGUCUGGCUGAUAGUUGUUCUUGUUGUUGCCACGCUUCUUGUGGUUCUGAUGCUGGUGAUCAUCAUUGUAAAGUGGCGGCAAAACAUACUAAAUAGGAAAAUGGCCAGACUCGCUCAGAAAUGUGAGUGUCAUAAUUAGUGGAACUCAAUUCAUGUGCCUUCGGAGAGCAGGGGCAGCUAGUUGGCACGUCGAACGGGAUUUUUGUGGGCGAAAAUUCUUGUGAAGCUUUCGCCCAUGAAAAUUCCUUCGUUCCGACUGGCUGCCCUUGUUUUCCAAGUAUCUUUUUCAUUUGGGUCAACAAAACAGUGCAGUGUUGCUUAAGUAACGUGUAAAUGAGCUUCAGUCAGAGGUUAAUCACAGUCUUGUCGUGGAAAUAAAAACAACAAAAGGAAGUUUAUUCUUGACCACUUACACUGUUACAUUGCAUGUUUGGUAAAGAAAUAAAUCGCGUAACCUGGUUUACAGACGAGGGACAGUACAUCGUAAAGGGCUGCAAACCUGCCUGCCUUGGGUGGAAACUGAACUCUUGCACUAACACUUGAGCCCACGAAAUUUGACUAUAAAUCGAUUUGAUUGGCCACCUAUGGAUACUGUCGUGAGCAGAAAGCUCUUACGGACUCCUUUACAAAACUCCGUUAGCAUUCCAGUACAAGCUCUGCUUACACUUAACACUUUCCCAUAGGCAGCCCUGCCCGGACACUAUCAAAGGAUAUGAUAUCAGUAGUCUCGCACAGCUCUCCAUCCGUUGAUCACACAGUGCACUGACAUUACUGUGUUAUUUGUUGUGAUAAGUCUAAGGACAAUAAAACAAAGCGAAUAGCAUUGUAGUAUGGGGGACGUUUCUCUCAUUACAGGCCGUCACUUUUCUUUAUAUUGCUUAUUGGCUGCUUACGGGAUCAUUGCCAGUUAGUCACGGACACUUUUCUCAGGCUUUCCGUGGGUGAUGUCCGCUGACAGGGUAAAGAAUUUCAACUGUUCUUCAUUUUUCGUUAACAGAUGAGCAAGAAAACUUGUAUCAUGCAUUUGAAAACGACGUGUUCGUUUCAUACAGCUUCGAAGACUACGAUUGGGUGGUAGAAACUCUUCUACCAGUGCUUGAAAAAAGAAACGUCAAGUACUUCGUCCGUUCGCAAGAUUUCAAACCAGGCAAAGGAUUUUACGACAGCAUGGCCAAUAGCGUGUAUAACAGUCGAAAAGUGCUUUUGGUCAUGUCCGCAAACUACUUCUCCAGCGAUUUCUGUAUGGAAGAAAUGCAGAUGGCACUGUACAGAUCAGCAGAGCGUGGUGAUGACUCGCUGAUUCUGGUUCGAAUCGACAACACCGAAAUCAAAGACAUACCAAAGACUCUUCGACACAAGACGUUCAUUGACUUCACCAGCAGAGAGGAAGUGGCCACGUGGCAGAACAGGAUUCUUGAAAGCGUUGUCUCUGAGGACAGGUCAACUUUGAAUGGGACUCCCCACGAAUGCACGGAUAGUACGGGGGCCUCUGAUACGUUCCAGCUCAUUCUGUAAGCUCUCAAGCUAUAAAGGAAGAACAAAACGGACGAUCCCAAGGAUCUUACACAUCAGGCUCGGAGAUUUUAGGGUGUGUUAUAACUGGAGCAGAUUGAUUAGAUCAUGACAUCACUUUUAGAUUCAUAGUUUUGAUAGAGUUGUUAGCUCACGGUCGCACAUGGCUUCUUUCGAAC